AUGGAAGCUCAAACUAUUUCGCCCUGGGCUCAUAAAUUAGCUUUUCCCAGGCAGAACUCCACGAUGGAUCCCAAGGAACGCUUCUAUCGCCAGUUUCAGGGCUCCGCGUCUGCGCUCCAGGAUCAGAUCAAACAGCUCUCAUCCUUCUCUGUUGUCGGCGGAGAACGGCAAGAUGCUAUAGAACACGUUUUGGCAGGCAUCUCAAGGCUCUCUAAUGAAGUUGCCGACGCCUCGGAAUAUAUUCCCGCCUAUGAUCAGAGAACAUACUCGCAGGCCAUCAAAGCCCUGACAGAGCAGCUGAACACUGUAACCUCCGAGCUUGCUCCCAAGUCGCGAUUUCAAUUCAAACCCCGCGUAACCGCUGUGUCGGUAGACCCUAGGAAUGAUCCCCGCCAUAUCCUAACCGCCCCGAAUGCUGGCGCCUCCACCUCAGCAUCAGCCCCGGCUGCAGAGCAGCGGGAUUCGGUCGGCGACCUCCCCUCGUUUACCAAGAACUACAACGAGGAGAUGGCGCGGCCAGGGAGUUCGGCCAUCCGCAAGCCCAGCUUCUCCUCAGCGAGGGACAUCGCCAUCUCGGACCAGACCGGCCUGCACAUUAUCCUUCCUUCCACAGCAGCUCGGGCAGCAUCGGCAGGGAGCUUGACGGGCCUGAGGAGAUGCAUUGUCGACAUGUCUUUUCCCACCGCCGGCAGUGCACCGUUUGCAAGCCUCGCGCUGAAGAACAUCGAGAAAAGCCUCAUUGUUGCCGGGCGCGUUGACGGCCCAGCACAUAUAACCGGUGUUAAGGACGGCAUCAUCGUCGUGGCAGCCCGACAGGUCCGGAUCCACGAGUGCAAGAACGUGGAUAUCUACCUGCUUUGCACCAGUCAUCCCAUCAUCGAGGACAGCAGUGGUUUGAGGUUCGCGCCCAUUCCUGCGGCAUAUACGACCGUGCAAGACGACCUCAGUAAGAACCAAUGGGACAAGGUGAACGAUUUCAACUGGCCCACAGCCGGUCAGUCUCCGAAUUGGAGUACUCUGCCAGAGGAGGAGCGUCUUCCGGACGACAUCUGGAGGACCACAGUCCCCGGGAGUCCAGGAGAGAGUUUCGAAGACAUCUUGAAGAAGGUCGGCAUAGCGGGGUGA